GCUCACUCUCAACACAAUGGCACUCUUUUUCUCCCUACAAACACUUUUAGCCCUCUCCAUUUGUGUUUUACCAUUUGCUACGUCUUUCACUGUCAUAUCCGAUUCCAGCACACCCCCAUCGGCCCUUGUUGAUGGGCCCCAAACUGGGUUUUCGAUGAACAAAAACGGAGCCCGAACUGACCCACGGGAGCAAGAGGCAGUCUAUGAUAUUAUGCGCGCAACCGGAAAUGAUUGGGCCACUGAGAUUCCUGACGUUUGUCGUGGCCGAUGGCAUGGCAUUGAGUGCAUGCCUGACAAAGAUAAUGUGUACCAUGUUGUGUCCUUGAUGUUUGGAGCUUUGUCCGAUGAUACGGCUUUUCCUACAUGUGAUCCAACACGAUCUUAUAUCUCACAUUCUAUCACUAAGCUUCCUCAUAUUAGAACUUUAUUCUUUUAUCGUUGUUUCAGUCAUAAUCCUCAACAAAUCCCAGCAUUUUUGGGCCAACUGGGCCCAACAUUACAAACGUUAGUGCUUAGGGAAAAUGGUCAUGUGGGUCGAAUCCCUGGUGAAUUAGGCAAUCUCACCCGUUUAAGAGUUCUUGAUCUCCACAAAAAUAAUCUCAACGGUUCAAUACCAUUUUUAUUGAAUAGAAUCACUGGUUUAAGGUCGUUAGAUUUGAGUGGGAACAGACUAACAAGUUCAAUACCCGAUUUAAGCUUUCCCGUUUUGAAUGUUAUCGACUUGAGCCAAAAUCUACUCAAUAGUUCCAUCCCAUCUAGCCUUGGUACUUGUCAUUCUCUAAUUAAAAUUGAUUUUAGUCAUAAUCGUUUUACCGGUUCAAUACCUGAUUCUAUUAGUGGUUUAAAAGAACUUAUUCUUUUAGAUCUAAGUUAUAAUCGUCUUUCAAAUUCAUUUCCAGUAUCGUUAAAGAAAUUAAAUUCUCUCCAAACCUUAAUCCUCAAAGACAACUCAAUGGGUAUGACAACAAUUCCUAAUGAUACUUUUGAAGGUAUGAAGAGUCUAAUGAUCCUUAUUCUAUCAAACAUGAAUUUGCACGGUCUAAUACCCGAGUCGUUAGGUCGCUUACCAAAUCUUCAUGUUCUUCAUCUUGAUCAAAACCAAUUCAACGGCUCUGUCCCUUCAAAUUUCAAAAACUUGAAGUAUCUCAGUGAAUUACGACUAAACGAUAAUCAAUUAACAGGGCCACUUCCAUUCGAAAGAGGAUUGGUUUGGAGAAUGAAGAGAAAGCUUAGGCUUUAUCAUAAUUCAGGACUUUGUUACAAUGCAAACAAUGGUUUUGAAGAUGGUUUGGAUCCAUCUAUCAAUCCAGGUAUUGGGUUAUGUGAAACGGAGCCCGGUUCCGAGAGGUCGGUGCAACAUCUUUCUACACUUGAUGAAGAUGAGCCAGGAACAAUAGAUAGAUCAGCUGGUGCAAUUCAUAAAGCUCCAGUUACUGCUGGAUUGAUUAAACUAACAACAGUUAUUGUGUUUAUUUUAUAUUUCCUGUAAAUAAAAUUGUAAUUGUAUCUUUAAAU